AUGGUGAAGAAGAUUUCAGAAGAGAGUGUAGACAGUGGCGUCGGCCGCGGCAGUAGUCAGUCGGGUAGCGAGCGCGAGUCAGACGAAGUGACGCGCGGCGAGGCGUCCGCGCCUGUGCCAAUACCCGACAGCGAAGAGCUGCAGCGACGCAAGGAGGAGGCGCGCAGGAAACGCCGCAGGAAGAAGCGCUCUGGCAGCUCAGUGGUCACGUCAUGUUUCCAAGACCUUUACAAACUAACGGGGGAGGUUCUGGGCGAGGGUGCGUACGCCUCGGUACAGACGUGUGUCAACAUAUACACGGGGCAGGAGUUCGCAGUUAAGAUCAUAGACAAAGUGCCGGGGCACGCCCGCGCCCGGGUGUUCCGCGAGGUGGAGACCUUCCACUACUGCCAGGGACACCCGAACAUAAUCCAGCUCAUUGAAUUCUUUGAGGACACGGACAAGUUUUAUCUUGUCUUUGAGAAGAUCAACGGCGGUCAGCUCCUAUCAAGGAUACAGGAGCAUCAUUACUUUUCAGAGCCGCAAGCGGCGGAGAUAGUUCGCGAGAUAGCAAACGCACUCCACUUCCUACACGGCAAAGGCGUCGCCCACCGCGACCUGAAGCCCGAGAACAUCCUGUGCGUGAACCGCGACAGUCUCUGCCCAGUCAAGAUUUGUGACUUCGACCUGGGCAGCGGUAUAAGCUUUACGUCCAGCCUGGCCAGUCCAUUGGCGACACCGCAACUUAUGACGCCGGUGGGCAGCGCAGAGUUCAUGGCGCCCGAGGUGGUGUCCCUGUUCGCGGGGUCGGCGGCCACGCACUACGACAAGCGCUGCGACCUGUGGUCGCUGGGCGUGAUCGCGUACAUCCUGCUGUGCGGCUACCCGCCCUUCCGCGCCGACUGCGGCGCCGACUGCGGCUGGGAGCGCGGCGACAACUGCCGCGCCUGUCAGGAUCUGCUCUUCACUUCUAUACAGGAGGGCCGGUACACGUUCCCGCAAGAGGAAUGGUCGCACAUUUCCAUCGAGGCGAAGGACCUGAUCGCGCAGCUGUUAGUGCGCGAGGCGUCGCACCGCCUCAGCGCCGAGCGCGUGCUGCAGCACCCGUGGCUGCGCCGCGCCGACGCGACGGCGCACUACCCGCCGUUGCACACACCACAUAAUAUCAAACACAAUAUGUCAGCUCGCAAUCUGUCCAAUUUCGCUGAAUCCGCCAUGGCCGUGAACCGAGUGAUUCAACAGCACUUCUCGAUGAAUUAUUCGUACAUGGAGCGUCCCACUGCUGCUCUACGUAGCAGCAAGUCGUGUCACCCAAGCCCUGAUGUGGUGCUGGAAGAUGAGCUGGAACGUGCAGGGGUGGCAAUCCAGGCCAUGGCCGUCAGUGACUACUGCGCACCCUUUGGUCUUUCCCCACCCACGGAGUCACAACUGCUCCGCAGACGUCUGCAGUCCACAGACAAACCGCUGCCAGUACAU